CGGCAGCAGAGUUUUUAUCGGCGGUACCGGUAGCGCGGUGUGGAUCAGUCCGGAUCACUGUGCACAAAAACAUGGCGAAGUGAAGAGUUCAGUGGCGUGGAUAUUAGCAGAGUUAUUGCGUGCAUCGAAAAAAAGAGGGAUUCACCAAAUACAAUUCGUGUAAGGUCUGUGAGAGGAUUUCCUGUCCACUCCAGCGCAGUGAUUUGAAGAUGGAGUCUUCGGAAAACGCGUCGGACGCGGCGCCCAUGAGCGCUCAGAGCGUGUACUCGGCUCUGGGUCUGAGUUCGGAGGACGUCGAGGCUUUGGCUCAAAUCCCCGAGAACGAGAUCAGUGUGGAAACGUUACCGUACCUCAUCAUGCAGCUCAAAGCCAAGCGUGCUGAAAAGGCGGCGGCUGCCGUCGCUGCCACUGCAGCUACCACCGCUACCGACACAGACAAUAGUGACAAACCGGAGGCGGAGCCUAAAGAGGCCAAUCAGGAAAUAGAAACAUCAGAAAAAAGAAAAGAGAAACGUGAAAGCCCGCCGCCUUCGAGUUCGUCACGUCACUCGUCCAGCCACGAGCACGAGCAUCACGGGAAAGGGGACGGUCACAAGAAAACAGAGCGAGCGAAUACGGGAGGAAGGAGAGACUCUAGAUCCAGGAAGUUGUCCCGAGAGAGACAGACUGGGGAUGGAGUGACACCAGAGGAAAACGAGUUGGAUGACAAACCCACGGUUUUCCCACACAUCUGUACGCUGUGCAAGACUGAGAGCAACGGCUCCAAGGCAUGGCACAGUCACAUCCGGGGAAUCCGGCACACCAAAGCACGGAGAGAGUUCAUGCUGCUGUCCGGCUCAGCGGAAGACUCGUACUCUUCUCGUCGAGGUUCUCGAUCGUCUCUUCCCAGUAAACGCUCUUACAGUUCAGAGCGGAGCACAGGAGACCUGUCUUCACCUUCUGGAGAUCGUUUUUUUCAUCCUCCUAAGCCCUUCACGAAAGUGGUGGUGGCCAAGUAUCCGAUGGGCAGCAUGGCUGUGGCAGACAUGUUGGCACUGGGAAAACCUUUUGGAACCAUAGUGAAGCAUCUCAUCUUCCCUUUUAAGGGAUUUCUGGAGUUCAGCUCUCAUGCAGAAGCGAAGAACAUGGUCACUCACUAUCAGACUAAACCCGCCUUCAUUAAGGGUCAGCGCAUCAGUCUUUGUUUAUCUCCGACCGUCGAGGUCAUACACCCUCCAGAGGCAUAUGAGCCAGCAUCGAAGCGCUCUAAGUCGUCCCCUCAGUCAGUGGUGUGUUUUUCACGUCUGCCUCCGGGGAAAGAGGCAGAGGAGAAGGUGCUGGACCUGGCAGCUUUAUUCGGGGAUGUGCGCUGUUCCAAAUUCACUGAAGACAAGGCUCUGAUAGAGAUGGUGGAUUGGCGUGAUGCGGACAUCAUGGUGAAAUAUUAUCACUCCAACCCUCUGAGAAUUCAAGACAAGAGCAUCAAGGUGUCCAUGUCCUCCAGAUCAAAUUUACGAGAGAGCAGUCUCGAGCGUUCUUCCUCCAAAAAGUCUGACUCCAGCAAGAGCCACAGCAGCAGACAGAAAAGCGAGCCGUCUUCCUCCAAGAGCACGUCUCAGUCCAGCAGCAAGGACAAGGAGAAGACCGACGAGAAGGAGAAAGAAGGAGAGAAAAAAGAGGAGAAGGAGGAAGAGAAGAAAGAAGGUGAGGAGAUAGAGAUGAAGGAGGAAGAGGUGGUGAAUGAGGAAGGUAUUCAAGUGGAGGAAGAAGCCAGCCUAGUAGACAAAGGUGGAGUGGAGGUUAUUGCCACGGGAACAGAAGAAGUCCAAGAGAAGGAGGAAGAGGAGGAGGUGGAGAAGAAAGGAGUGGAGGAGGUUGAUGCUGAGGAAGAGAGGAAAGAGGAAGAGGAGCAAGCUCAAGAGGAAAAGGAUGAGAGUAAAGGAGAGCGAGGAUCAGAGGAGGACGUGGAGGAACAGGACGAUCUGGAGGACAUGGAUUUCCCAGAGAACAUGGACGACUUUGUGACUCUGGACGAGCUGGACACCACAGCCGGAGACUCGUUAGAUUCCUCAGAAACUCAGGAGGGUAAGGUGGUGGUUGUCAGACCCAUCAGGAAUGAGUUUAAAGAGACUCGGAAGAAGGCCAUGAGAGAAGCUCUGUUCAAGAUGGCCGCUCCGUUCGGUGAAGUGGUCAACUUUGCCAUCUCCUACUACAGACAUGAGGCUCUGAUUGAACUGGAAUCGGUGGAGAAAGCUCAUGAGAUGGUGAAUUUCUACAAAAGCAGUAAGAGGUCCAAGCUGUGUGGGAGACCCGUGUCUGUGUCGCUGUGUCAGGCCUUCAACACCAUCGAGGGUCCCAGUGGGAGAACGUUGUUUAUCAGCAUGCUCCCUCCUUUCAAGUAUUCAGACAAGUCCCUCCUCAGACUCGCAUGGCCUUUUGGGAAAAUCACCGCCUAUUGCUUCAACAGGGUGUACGGAACGUGUUAUAUCCAAAUGGAGACGGUGGAAGCAGCAGAGAAAAUGAUUCAGAGGUACCUUCCAUGGCCUCUUAAAUUCUACGGCAGUCCACUAAAGAUCACUAAGUGCAGGAAAGGAGACUCUCUGAUCCCCUGGACAUUAGCGGAUAAGUUUGAGCGGUGGUACGAGCCGAAACUGGGGAGAAACGUAGAGGAGAGGAGAGAGAACGGCCAGACGGUCAAAAACAGCAGCGGGGAGGACCGCCAGAGUCCUGUUUCCAGCUCUGAAGGUGUCUGUGGAGAUCCUGCAGGAGAGGGUGAAGAGUCAGAGGAAGAGGAGAAAGACCAGACCCCUCUUGGACCCUACCAACCCGACACCCCUGUGGGUAUCAGCUACGUCGUCCCCAAGAGCGGCUUCUUCUGCAAGCUCUGUAACGUUUUCUACACGGAUGAGAAAAAGGCCAAAUCGGAUCACUGCAGCAGCCUGGAACAUUACAACAUGCUGAAGAAGAAGCGUGGAGAGGUGAUGGAGGAGGAACAGACAGAUGAACAGACAGAAGGAUGAACGAAUGAAAGCCGGAGAUCAGAGAGCUGAUUUCACUGCAGUUCAUGAUUUUUUUUUAUUUUGUAAAACUUUAAAAAAAAAAAAAAAAAAGGAAAAAAACCCUAGGAAAACAUUCCAGCCUCUGUGUUUCCGUGUUUUUGUUAUAUAUACUUUGUUCUUUUGUUUUAUUUGACAAACAAUGAGAGAGAAAUGUUCAUCAGAUUAUCAAACUCAAAUCAGUAGAAACCAUUGUUACCGGUGGGGUGUGUGUGUGUGUGAGAGCAGAUUAGGGCUUACACUCAUCAUGGCUUCUUAUCAAAUAAACAAACGUCUGUUUAAACAAAA